ACCAGAUCUCCUCCGGAUGAAGAGAACAAGUCUUAAAUUGAUAAUGGACGAUGAAUAGAAUCCAUUAUUCACCAUUGUCCGUAAAAGUUAGUUCUGGACAAUCCGGGAGUGAACAAAAACAGACCAGAGUUUUAUUAUUGUUUUUGCUCGAUUUAGAGAGGAAGCAUCUGACCAGAUUUGUGAUGCAGCAAGUUAGGAAUAUACUUUUACCCCAAUAAAUCAAUUUGUCUAAAUAAAUUAUUCAUUUCCUAAUUUGUCCCAAAUCUUGUUUUUCCAUACCCUAAACCCAUAAAUUAUUCAACUAAUUAUUUAAGGAGCAAUCCAAAACCUUCAUUUGAUCUUGGCGUUAACCCCAUUAAAGCUCUAUGUGAGCAUUUUGCAUCUGAUCUUUUAUCAAAGUUUUGAUUUUUAAUAAUGGCUGCCUCUGAAAAUAAGGGUGUUGCAGUUUCUGGGAAUGAGAAAAAUGGGGUUGAUCCAAUACCCAAUACCCAUGUUUCAUUUGGGCAAUUGUUGGAUUUGGGUGUUAUUAAUCAAUUUGGGCAAUUAUUGGGUGAUUAUAGCAGAUUGGAUGAAGAGCUCUGGCUCUGUGAUCUUGAGAAUGAUAAAUCAAUGGAUGCUUUGGAUAGUGGCUAUGAAGGGCUUAAAUGUCAAAUUAUACCAUCUAAAACCAGUCGCAAGGGAAAGAAAGGAUUGUCUACAUGUACAAUCGCUGAUGAUUCAGGGAAGGAGCAUGUUGUUAAGACUAGUAAAAAGCAAAAAAACAGAUCGGAGGAUAAUGCUGUUGAUGUAUCCCAGGAUGUUGCUCGUUCUAGUAAAAAGCAGAAUAUAGAAAAGGAUAAUGAAAAUGUUAAGGAUUUGAAUGAUUUGCAAUCUACUGAGGAUAUUCCUGCCGAAGAUGUCAAAUCUGCUGAGGAUAUUCCUGCUGAAGAUGUCAAAUCUGCUGAGGAUAUUCCUGCUGAAAAUGUGAAAUCUGUCAAUGCGAAGAAACGAAGAGGUCGUAGAGCUGCUACUGAUUCUAGUCAAGAAAUUGAUGUAAAGCCUAAUGUUGAGGAUGUGAGACCUGUCGUUGCGAAGAAACAAAGAGGUCGUAAAGUUGCUGCUGAUUCUAGUCAAGUAGUUGAAGUUGUAAACUUUGAACAGAAAGGUCAACAGUGGGAUGAUGAAGUUGUCGUGCGAUGCAGACCAGCUGGUGUUGUUCAAUUUAUGAGAAAGACAACUGAUAAACAAAAGACAGCUGUCGAGUCUAUUGGGUUUGGUAGUUUGGCAUCAAUCAAGCUAGAAAUUUGUCCAAGGCAAAUGAUUCGCUGGCUUUGUGAACACUUUGAUGCAAAGUCUUGUUCUUUUAAGCUACCUUCUGGACAAACUUAUAAGCUAACAGCAGCUGAUGUCCAUGAUGUUUUUAACAUACCCAUGGGUUCUUUUGCUAUUCCCAUUUCCGGUAGACAACGAGAUUCUGAGUUGAAGGCUUCUUGGAAGAAAAAGUAUACCGGUGGUAAUAAAGACAUAACUGUUCCACUUUUGGUUAACGAGAUGAAAAGUGAUAAGGGUAUGUUGAAAGGUAAUGAUGAAUUCAAAAGAUGUUUUGUGAUGUUUGCCAUGGUUACAUUACUUGCCCCCACAACAAAUAGACAAGCUGAUUUAAAACUAGUUUUAACUUUAGAAGAUGUUCAGAAAACCAGUAGAUAUAAUUGGUGUCAGUAUGUUUUGGACGAUCUAUGUGAUAAGUUGUCAUGUUACAAUGAUUCAGUGAGAUAUGUUGCUGGGUGUGUACUUUUUCUUCAGAUUUGUUAUUUCCAUAGGGUUCAAAUUCAAGGCAAUGUACUAGAGGAUAGUUCAUUGCCAUUGAUUGGGCACUGGACUGAUGAGUUAAUUAAAGAAAGGAUAAGCCUUGAAAAUGGAAAUUAUGGUCAAUGUGUGUUAGAUGAAGUAACAUACCAUGUUAUCAAGGCUGGGAAUGCUGGUAAGAGUACAAAGGUGCAAAAGAAGGAAAAAAAUUUAGUUGAAGAGAAAAAAGAAGAGAACACAAGAAGAGAGAAAGAAGAAAAAGGAAAACAAGAAAAAUUCCAUGCUGCUACAAGCUGCCCCAAGAAUGAUAACUAUGAAAUAGGAAGACUGUUCAAGAUAGCAUGCAAAAGUAAAAUUCCGCCAUGGAGACCAAUUACGACAUAUUUGGAUGCCUCAUAACCUCCACCAUUUUUCCCACCAGUGCUAAGUAGAAUGAUAACUUGAAUCAGCUGUGCCAGAGAGAAAUCCACACUAGCUGUGACAGCCCACUGCCAAUGAAAGAUGAUAUAACCAAAUGUAUAGCCUUACUGUAUAAACUGUUGAAUUUCUAAUAGCAAAUGGAGUGUUUUAGCCAUUUGA